AGUGUCAGGGGAGGCACAGCCAGACGGGCAGAGGACACAGCGGGGCUGGGGCGCCGUGUAGCCGGGUCAAUGAGCGGGACAUCACUGGCCUCUUCUGCAUUCUGCUGCCCAUGGACGGGACCAUCAAGGAAGCUCUGUCGGUGGUGAGCGACGACCAGUCCCUGUUCGAGUCAACAUAUGGAGCGGCAUCUCAUUUACCUAAGGCAGACAUGACAGCCUCUGGAAACUCAGACUAUGGCCAGCCCCAUAAAAUCCACACGCUCCCCCCACAGCAGGAGUGGAUCAACCAGCCGAUGCGGGUCAACAUUAAAAGGGAAUAUGAGCACAUGAAUGGAUCCAGGGAAUCUCCUGUGGACUGCAGUGUGAACAAAUGCAGCAAACUUAUCGGCUCUGAGAACAACGGAAUGACUUACAGCUAUAUGGAUGAAAAAAAUGGACCUCCACCCAAUAUGACCACCAACGAGAGGAGAGUCAUUGUGCCAGCAGAUCCCACCUUGUGGAGUCAGGACCAUGUGCGGCAAUGGCUAGACUGGGCGAUCAAGGAGUACGGACUCAUAGACAUUGACUCAUGCCUUUUUCAAAAUUUGGACGGCAAGGAUCUCUGUAAAAUGACAAAGGAGGAUUUCCAGCGCAGCACGACUCUCUACAACACAGAAGUCCUACUUUCUCAUCUCAGCUACCUCAGGGAGAGUAGUUCAUCAUUGGGCUAUACUGCACCUUCACACACAGACCAGGCGUCUCGGGUGACUCCUAAGGAGGAUCCUUCCUACGAUGCCGUUCGGAGAUCCGGGUGGGGAAAUAAUGUCAACUCUUCUGUCACGAAAAGUCCCCCUGUUGGAGGCACUCAAAAUGUGAAUAAAAAUGUAGAACAGCAACGUCCACAGCCAGAUCCCUAUCAAAUUUUGGGCCCGACGAGCAGCAGGCUGGCUAAUCCAGGAAGUGGUCAGAUCCAGUUGUGGCAGUUUCUUCUCGAGCUGCUGUCGGACAGUGCCAACGCUAGCUGCAUCACCUGGGAGGGCACAAACGGAGAAUUCAAAAUGACAGAUCCUGAUGAGGUGGCUCGAAGAUGGGGUGAAAGGAAAAGCAAGCCCAACAUGAACUAUGACAAGCUGAGCCGGGCACUGAGAUAUUACUACGACAAAAAUAUUAUGACUAAAGUCCACGGGAAGCGCUACGCUUACAAAUUUGACUUUCACGGCAUCGCUCAAGCUCUGCAGCCUCAUCCCACUGAGACGUCAGUGUACAAAUAUCCAUCAGAGUUCUCAUACAUGCCAACUUACCACACUCAUCAGCAGAAGGUUAACUUUGUUCCUUCGCACCCUACAUCGAUGCCAGUCACGUCUUCUGGCUUCUUUGGUGCAACCUCGUCUUACUGGAGUUCUCCAAAUGCUAAUCUAUACCCUAAUCCCAAUGUUCCACGACACCCCAACUCCCAUGUACAGCCGCACCUGGGCUUCUACUAGACUCCAUCCACGGCUCGACAUGGAUUUAUUGUCGCCUUGAUGCAAUACAUCUCAUUUUGGGAGGGGGAAAAAAAAGAAAAGUGUCCUUAAAGACUAAAGAAAUUGAACUCAGCGCCAUAUCAGUAUUAAUCGUUCUCCUCUCCCGACCUUCAUGGAUCUUGAGCCAGUAUUUAUUCAAGCUUAUUCUUGCCAGGGAAUGCAAGACGGAUUGCUUGAACCCAAGGAUGUGAUAUGGAAGUGGUGUAAGCAGCACAUAAGUUGACCCAAGCAUUAGACUUACCUUUAUAUUAUUUUGUAAGCAUUUCUGAACUGAAUUUUUAACUUUUUUUUGUAAACAAACGCACUGGAUGGCAAUAUGGAAAGGCUUUUAAACUAACUGGAAUUGCAGCAAUAUUAAUGGGUAUAUUGUCUAUAGCGGAAUUUAAUGUCGUCGCCCUCCCCCCACAUAGUUACCUCUCUAUAGACAAACAUGUAAAACGUUGACCAAAGUGCCCAUAAUAUACUUUACAGAAAAACCUAGAAGACCAGUAGAGAUGAGAGAAUAAAAGUCAAACGAAUUGACUUUGAUCCGAAUUUCAGAACAAAUUCAAUUCGCCACGAAGCUGAAUGUCCUCAGACUUUGUGGUAACAAAUCUAUUUUUCCUUAAAUGGCUGUAAGAAAAACAAAACAUACCUCAUCCAUUUGCUCGCGGAGAGGCCGUCAUAGCCAUCUUGACUGAAGAAACUGUGCGAAAUCUUGCGUGCUGUGACGUCCGGCCAGCAUGAUGAAGUCAUCACGUCUUCAAUCAAGAUGCUCGCGAUGGCCUUUCCGCAAAUGGAUAAGGGGACUAUUUUUUUUUUUACCCUGAUUAACCCCUUAAAGGCCUACAUUUUAAUGUCAGAUGCCGCAAUCGGUGAUGAACGCAGCAUCUGAGGGGUUCAAUGAUGGGGGGUGGACCAUUCACUGUAAUUGCGCCCAUUACAUACCACGGAAUGUGAUUCGUGAAGUAAUUCAUAACGAAUCAAAUUUCUUUGUGAAAUUCGGUGAAGCGGCCAAAUCAGAUUUUUGAUAACUUCGCUCAUCACUAAUGACCAGUAAAAAAUUAAAGGUGAUGGCCAGCAUGUAAAAACUCAUUGUUAAUCUGUUACACAAUAACGUACUCGCGCCGGCUUCUGUGUGCUGUACAUUAUCACUCAUCCCUCACUGCGUACACAGAGCUCAAUAUGACGCAAUUCACCCCUGGACGGAUACUUUUCUGCACACGUGCUGGACAGUAGAUGAACUCUUCCGUGCAAUCAUAGAAGACUAUCCAUCCAGGUUUAGUACAGACUGCAGUAACGUGAGUGAAUCAUGUCACCGCCACCAUACUGCAGUCUAUGGACACAGCAGGGGACAAGUGAUUAUACAGGUGCAGACUUGCAAUGACUUUUAAAAACUGGCCAUCUAAACCUUUCUGAUCAUAAAAUAAAAGGCGCCAUGGUGCUUUAAACCUUGUUUAUCAUUUGCGCUGUUUCCUGAUUCUCUGGAUGCAACCUGCAGUGUAAAGAAUGGAGUUUUUUUUACUCUGGUUCUCAUAGAUACAGUAUGUCUAGAGUCCUGCCUCUUCUCUUUACUAGAUGCACUAUUAAAUUCUAUUAAGGAAUAUAUUUUUACGCAAUUUACGAUAUAAUUAUAUACCUGUUCCUGGUUUUAAUCAAGACAGCCAGACUGAAAACCUCUAUUCUUUACACUGCAUGCUGCUUUUAGACAACUGGUUAAUAAUACAAAAUAGAUAUAUGGUUUAUAUUACAAAGUGAUUUUUUUAUUUCAUAAGUAAAGAACUUUCGGGGUCAUUUAUCAAACUGGUGUAAAGUACAACUGGCUUAGUUGCCCGUAACAACCAAUCAGAUUCCUCCUUUCAUUUUGGACAGCUCCCUUGGAAAAUGAAAGGAGAAAUCUGAUUGGUUGCAACUAAGGGCUUGUUAACACGACCAUGCCGUGUUUUGCGGUCUGCAAAUUGCAGAUCCACAAAACACGGGUGCCGCCCGUGUGCCUUCCGCAAUUUGCAGAACGGAAAGGACGGCCCAUUAUAGAAAUGCAUAUUCUUAUCCGCAAAAUGGACAAGAAUAGGACAUGAUCUAUAAUUUUUGCGGGGCCACGGAAUGGAGCAACAGAUGUGCUGUCCGCAUCUUUUUCGGCCCCAUUGAAGUGAAUGGGUCUGCCACGGAGCCGCGGUGUGCAUGCUGAACAAAACCACGGUUGUGUGAAUGAGCCCUAAGCCAGUUCUACUUUACACCAGUUUGAUAAAUGAGCCCCUUUAUUUGUAAAACUGGUUUAGAAUCUCUUUAAUAAUUCCACACUUCAAGCCAGACGCCCCCUGGAGUUCAUAUAAAGGACGGACAGAUUAGGACUGGUUUUGCCAAUAAAAAUUAAAUCUGAAUUACACAAUUAAAAAGAAUUGUUCUAAAGCACAAUGAUAGUGGCCUUCUAGAGCCUGCAGGACACUGACCAUACAGAAUAGUUCAGACCAAUGGCUUCAUCGUCCUGACAUGUAAGAGGAAAAUCACAUGCAGGAGCAUGAGGUGGUAGAGAUUGGUACCCAGCCAUCUACAUAACGCCCAUUCGGGACACUGAACCCAUAUUAGGGCCAAUAAAAAGUUUCUGAACCUUGUAAAUACUGAUCUUAUUGACACACUGAUGCGGCCACAUCACAUACUGUACAAGAAGAUGAAAUACUGUGGAAACUGCUCAAUUUGUAAUAAGAGACACUAGGGGUAAGGAGGGAAAUUGAUGUGAUUGACUCAUUUACAAAAUUGGUUGGUUGUGGUGGGUUACAGAACAUGUAAAGAAAAGACAAUCAUAACGUUAGGACCCAGUUAAGGAGAAUCCGUCACCACCGCUUACACGUAGAAAAUAUAUGUAUUCCUUUUGAAAUGACAAUUCUGAAGCACCGAACUCUGCCUUGUUUCAUUCCUCUAUUAUUCCUCUUGAACAUGUAUAAAUAACCUGAAAACUGUGUGUUACCAUUCUCCUUGUCAAUGGGGGGUCCCCGAUAUAGUCUGCCAUUGUUUGGCUAGUAUCAGGCUGUGUAGGGACACCCCCAUAACUGCUGACACCCAGUUGUCAAUGUACUCAAAUUUCUAUAACGAAUAACAGAGGAACCAAACUAUGUAUAAUUUAAUACAGUUAUUUACUAAAACAUGUCAUGACAGCUGACUGGUCCCCUGUAAAGGAACCCCCCAGUCAUCACAUUAUGUCACACUGCCGACACCUGGAAUGAUCAAGACUGAAAACUGUGCAUUGGAAACAUUUAAAUACAUGAACCUUUUUUUUUAGUUAUUUGCCAUGAUGCACUAAGUAUCCCAAAUAUUCCCAGUAGCUUGUUUCUUUGUAGUCGUAUGAAUGCGUUCACCGGCAUACUGAUGCCUGUAUAUGGAGAGGGAAAUUGGGCGGGCAGAGUCUGAUAAACGUCUGGCAUUGGGAAAUUAGCAUCAUGGAGAUAAUGUAGAGACUUCAGUGUAAAUGGUGAAAUGGGGUCAUUUAUCAAACUGGUGUAAAAUAGGACUGGCUUAGUUGCCCAUAGCAACCAAUCAGAUUCCGCCUUUCAUUUUGGACAGCUCCUCUGGAAAAUGAAAGGUGGAAUCUAAUUGGUUGCUAUGGGAACUAAACCAGUUCUACUUUACACCAGUUCUUACAACAUGCAGGAACUGGUACAUACACCAAGAAUUCAUUCUCAACUGGAGUCUUACUUUAAGGCUUUGCGAAGUAAACCAGAACCGGUUCCAAGUGAUUUUGGCCAAUUAUCAAAGGAAUAAUAUAAUUAUUCACAGCUGUUGUUUUUAUUGUUUUUUUAGUUGCUCAGAUUUGCAUCUGUAUUUUAUACUGUUCUAACAUGUGUUUUCUGUUUGAGCAUACACAGACCUUAUAUAUAUAUAUAUAUAAAGUUGUGUAAGGGAGGGUGGGUCUGAAGUAAGAGUGUUGUGUCCGACAUGUCCCCCCUCCUCCACCUUUUCGGAUUCACAGACGCUGAGCGUUUGUCAGUGCAGCAUCCACAUGAACCACAGGACAAGUUUACUGUAUAAAUUAUGAAUUCUUUUCCUAGAGCCCUCGGAGGUGAACAUGUAUACAAAAGCAUAUAAACUAAACGAGUAGACCUCGGUCACACAAAUGCAGGUUUUUUUUUUUUUUAGUUUUCGUACAGAACUGUAUUUUGAAUUUUGUACAGAUGUAUUCUGUUAUUUUUCUAAUGUUUUUUUGAGCGUUUUGUACAUUUUGGCUUUUUAUCUUUGUAUGGAUAUCUUUUACUCUUUAUAAUGAAAAUAAGAUAUAAAAUAAAGUAUUUUCAUAUAGGUAGAUGACCUUCGUCUGUCCUGUAGCUUAAAUGCAAUAAGAGAUUUAUCAUAAAUCCACAGGUGUCAAUGCUGGAUAUGUAAAUAUAUGUUACCAUAUGUAUUCAUUGCCAGAAUGUUCAAUAAUUAUAAUCCGCUAUUAUGGUGUACAGUAUAUAAUCUGCUGAUGGUCUAUCAGCAGCAAUAAUAGAAAAGUGCAUAAAAGAAUUGGAAUAUUUUGCACUUUAUUCCAGGAAAACACCAUAAGGGGGAUUGGGCAACACCAUAAGGUGUAUACUACACUACCUUUUUAGGGUAGAGCUUUAGCCCAAGCCAGUGCACAUAGAAAGUGCUAAAGCCCUGUACCCUCAAGUAGUGUAGUAGCUGAGGGCUCGAAGCAAUAAUCAGAGGUAGAGAUGAGCAAAUUGAUUCUUUACCUAUAAGGGGCGGUUCUCACAGUUAAAGAAGAGCCCUCUGCCGCUUGAGUGACAUGUUGCCUGGCCCUUACAAUGUCUCCUCUGAUGUUCCGAGUAGUGCCGCAAGCAGAGAGGCUUUGCUUCUGCUUCCAGUGCGUCAACUGUUUAUGUGCUGCUACUUGGAAGUGUAGUCGCUGUUCCAUUAGCGGGCGCAGAGCCUUCGCACUUGUGCCGCUAUUUAGAUCAGCUGUGCAGGGCGAGAUUGUCAGAACCAGACGAGGUGUCUUACCCUGUCAAUCAUACGGCAGGGUAAGACAACAAGGACAGGCCCUCACAGGUGAAGAACUCUUGCUGAUAAGAUGAAUCAAUUCACUUAUCUCUAAUCAAAGACCACAACAAAUGGUCUCUGUCAUCAUGUGAUGGCCAUGACACAACGAAUCACAGUAAUCUUUGAAAAUACCAGCACCAGCCCUGAGACUAGAGAGAAAGCCUUCAGUGUCCUCCAAAGGCCCAAUCAUAUCACCCUACCAGAAAAUCCCCACUGUCCCAGUCCAUUACUGGGCCUCCGUCACUGUCUAUUACUGUGUUUUCUAUUAUAUGCUUACUGGGCCCUCUGUUACUGGGCUUAUUGUAAUUUGUAUGUGUCUUUGUAAAAAAAAACUAAAAAAAUAAUAAAUUAAAUAAAACUGUUA